AUCAUUCCAUUUUACAAACUUCAACGCAACACUUCAUAUAUACGUAGGCAGCCAUCUACGUGUAUAUAUAGUAUAGUUAAGAAAAUUAAUUAAGCUAUAUAUAGCUGGUAAUAUAGUACAUAUAUACACAUAUAUAUGGGAAACUGUUGCACGACGGUGUCGUCUAUGGAUUGGGGUGGCGAUGACUGGGGCUCUUUGUCGUCUAAGCAUAAAAGAAAGAUGAGUUCGAAGGUGUUUGAUGAGGUUGAUGGGUUGAGUUUGGGGAACGUGGAGAAGGAGAGGCUUUUGGGUGCGUUGAGAGCUUCUUCUGAUGCUAAUGGGAAGGUGAAGAUUAAGAUCUCAAAGAAGGAGCUAGCGGAGUUGUUGAGAAGGAGAGAGAAACAAGGUGAAGGAGGACACGCUUCUGCAGAACAAGUUCUGGUUCGCUUGAUACAUGCCAAAGAUCAUGUGAGUAACGAACACCAUGAUGCUCAUCAUAGGCCAUGGAAGCCCGUGCUACAGAGUAUUCCUGAGGUUAAUUAAUUGAAAUGAGAUCUAUUAUCAGAGGUUGUUAUAGUGGGGUGUGUAGUGUAGAGGUUGAGAAAGGUUUAGGUUUGUGCUUGUAGAAAAUCGAACUAAGAAACCCAGGAUUUAUUUAUUUAUUUAUUUUUCUUCCAUGUUUUCAGCUUGUAUUUUCGUUUAGGAUAGAGGUUGGGAAUGUGUGAUCUGUAUAUUCUUGAUCCUGAGAGUGAAACCUGAACUGAUGGAAGGGAAAUUUCUUGUGUAAAAUCAAAUCGUAAAUCAAUGUUAAUUAAUUACUCUU